CCAGCAAGCCGAUUAUUGAAGGCUACUGAGCCCUCCCUGUCAAUUUGCGUCCGUCCUCUCAUCUCUCAUGGUCCAGCAGAGGCGGACAGGAAACAUCUGAAGUUUAUUUCCACGGGCAGAAGGCUUCUCUCAUCACAGGAAAGUACUUUUUUUUAAUGGACGCUGCAACUUUUUAUGGAUUAUGUGUUUGCGGUACUCUGUAGAGAGCUGAAAGUGACAUCCUGGUGCUGAAUAUGUUGUAGUUGCUGCAGCUUUUAUCAUUCUAUCCUGUUUAAAGGUGUUUUUUUCUGUAAAGGAAGGUAUUUCUAAAAGAAUGCAUCACGCGGAAAUGGCAGCUGCAGUGAUCUUUAUCAGUAAGUGAACUUUAAAAACUAGGCCCCUUUAAGUCCAGAUCACAGGGACGGCAGAGCCCUCUGCGCUUUGGCCCGUUUAACGCGUAAAAUGAGCCUCUCCAGGAGCGCAGAUGACCAAAAACGCGCCGGCGAGAGCCCGGCGCACAAACAGGAGUCCUCCAGGUACCGCAGCUGGAGCAGCCUCCGCUUCUCGAGGUGGAGAAGCGGUUCCCAGAGGACGACCCCGCCCGCAACCCCGUCCCCGAGGUCAGAGAAGAGGAGCGAGGUGACCAGGACGCUCUUCUCCUUGGUCCAGACGCACAAUGACGACUACACGGCGGAUCCCGACGGCCUGCUGGACACCAACGUGGAGGGCGAGGUGGGCGUCGAGGAGGUCGAGCCGGACCAGUCCACCUACUUCCAGCGGCAGUUCGGCUCCAUGCUGCAGCCGGGGGUCAACAAGUUCUCCCUGCGCAUGUUUGGCAGUCACACGGGUGUCGCCGCCGAGCAGGCCAGGGUCAAGAGCUUUGGAGUGUGGAUCAUACACCCCUACAGUGACUUCAGGUUUUACUGGGACAUCGUGAUGCUGCUGUUGAUGAUGAGCAAUCUGGUCAUUUUGCCGUGGGGGAUCACCUUCUUUGAAGACCAGAACACCAUACCCUGGAUCACCUUUAACGUCCUGUCUGACACUCUCUUCCUCAUGGACCUGGUUUUCAAUUUCCGCACAGGCAUCGCAGGAGAGGACAGCCACAUCAUCCUGGACCCCAGAGAGAUCCGCAUGCAUUACCUCCGCACCUGGUUCCUGGUGGACUUCAUCUCCUCCAUCCCAGUCGACUACUUCUUCCUCAUCGUCGACCUGGAGGCCCGGCACGAGUCGUCCGACGUGUACCGCACCGCCCGCGCCCUGCGCAUCGUGCGCUUCACCAAGAUCCUCAGCCUGCUGCGUCUCCUGCGGCUGUCUCGACUCAUCCGCUACAUUCACCAGUGGGAGGAGAUUUUCCACAUGACCUAUGACCUGGCCAGUGCUGUGGUGCGUAUAGUCAACUUGAUUGGCAUGAUGCUGCUGCUGUGCCACUGGGACGGCUGCCUGACCUUCAUGGUGCCGAUGCUGCAGGACUUCCCCUCAGACUGCUGGGUAUCCAAAAACAAUAUGGUGAACUCUACUUGGCACAUACAGUACUCCUACGCCCUGUUCAUGGCCAUGAGCCACAUGUUGUGUAUAGGAUACGGUGCCCACCCUCCAGAGGGCAUGACUGACGUCUGGCUGACCAUGAUCAGUAUGGUGGUCGGGGCCACGUGCUACGCCAUGUUCCUUGGUCAUGCGACUACACUUGUCCAGUCCUUGGAUGCAUCACACCGCCAGUACCAAGAGAAGUACAAGCAGGUGGAGCAGUACAUGUCAUUCCAUAAACUGCCUGCGGACGUGAGGCAGAGGAUCCAUGAUUACUAUGAGCAGCGAUUCCAAGGCAAGAUGUUCGACGAGGACAGCAUCUUCGGGGAGCUCAGUGAUCCGCUGAAGGAGGAGAUCGUCAGCUAUAACUGCCGUGGCCUGGUGGCCAACAUGCCCCUGUUUGCCAACACCGACCCUCAUUUUGUGACGGUCAUCCUGACCAAGCUGCGUUUCGAAGUCUUCCAGCCUGGAGACCUGAUCAUACGAGAAGGAACGCUGGGUCGGAAAAUGUACUUCAUCCAGCACGGCACGGUCACCGUUGUCCCACGUGGCAGUAAGGAGAUCACGCUCAAUGAUGGAGCAUAUUUCGGGGAGAUCUGCCUGCUGACUCAAGGACGACGCACAGCCACAGUGAAGGCCGACACCUACUGUCGCCUUUACUCCCUGAGCGUGGACAGUUUUAACGAGGUCCUAGAGGAGCACCCUCUGAUGAGGAGGGCGUUUGAGAGUGUGGCAGUGGACCGACUGGGCCGAGUCGCUCGCAGACCCAGUUAUGUGCCCCCCCCGCCCGAAUGACUGUACCAACAGAGAGACUCUGGGUAGAAAUGUGGAGGAUAUUUGUCGCAUUCUGACUGAACUUGACUACAUAACAAAGAAACCUUUAAUAUAUAUAUUUUACUGAUUGCUAUUAGUGCUCAGUGAUGGACAGCGUUUUCCCUUCAACUCAUUUCAUUUUGCGCCAGUUCUCCCAGAUGUAAAUACUGCUUCAAGAAUCAUUUUCAGUCGCCUGUUUGCUUGCUGACAAAACAAUUUCCUUGUCCAUCCCCUCAUUUAUCUGAGAAACUGGGAGCACACGGGACACCAGCUGGGCAGUGCAUCAUACAGCUGUAUGGCGCUGAUUUAAAUUAUCCCUCAGAUCUGUAGGUUGCAUCAAGUCAGGGUUUAAAACUGUUGUUCGCUGAGGAUAAGCUGCUGUGACGUAACAACUGUACAGACAGAUUAUAUACAGUUAUGCACUGAUGUUUAAAUUAAAUCUCAUUGUUCUCACAUUUGGAGCUUUGGAGAAAUCUCACUGAUAGACGAGUCUACCUUUAAGUUUCCUUUCAAUUAGCACCUUAAUCUGUUUUUUUUUCUUUUUUUUACAUUUUGUUGGCUUUUUAUUAAUUUCAGUAGGUUCAUUAGCAAAUAACAAUGAGCAAUUUAAUAUUCUACCGCCUGUAUGUAAACAAACCAAAGCAGCUAAACGUAUUUCAGCAAUAAUUUAAGUUAGUUACUUUGAUUUUCUGCUCAUAUGUCAACAUUUCUGCUGUGAAAAAUGUCUCUGCUUAAGACACUGCUUUAUCUUUUUUCUGAUUUUACAAAAAAAGAUUUUACAAAUGUGAAAAUGGCUUAACACCAACAGGCUAAUCUACAUGAGUAUGGAAAAAUACUGAUAUCGCUAAAAUAGGAAUAGUCUGAAUAUCUAUAAGUCACUUCUCUUCUGCAUGUGUGCUAUUAUUACGCUAAUGAUAAAUAUGUGUGCUUUUUCAAGGGAAUUUAGUGAUGCAACGACAAAAGCCCUCAGUCAUGAAAUGUCUUACAAUUUAUGAUAACAUACAGUAAAAUUUUAAUUAUCAAUUGAUCUGUUCAGAAUUAAUCAACGUUUCCUUCUUCAUUAUUUAAACUUUCUGAUGAAAGAUCCUCGUUCCGAUGCUGUCAUGUAAAU